CAAUAUAUCAUUCCCACCAUUAUCAUCAGGGACAAGAAAUGGAAAAAUUCAUUUCCCGUUUGGAAGGGCGGGUAAUGAUCUUUCUUGAAGAAGGCACGAAGCGCCGAAUGCACGUUGGAGAUCGGGCCCACCCUUGACAUGCAUUCGCCUCAUGAACCAUCUUCUUCAUAUACCACCAAGUCGACGAAGCCCACUUGCACUACGAUGCUGGCUCCUAUCGGCGGAGUGAUCCUCUUGUCAUGCCUGGCACUGCGUCGGCACAGACAUGUCACAUCCGAGCUCGAAGAAAAUUACAAGUUGUUGUCGGUGUUGAGAUCGGCGCUAGCGCAGAAAGAUGCAGAGGUUUUAUCGUUGCGGAAGGCGCUUUCGGAAACAACCCAACAGGCAUCGAAGGCAGCUACAUCAUCCUCGUGGAAGGAUGAAACUGAAGGGCAAGCAUUGAAACGGCGCAUUUCGGACCUGAACAAAGAACUAGACGAAUUCCGUGCUCACAACCGUGCAUUGAUCCUUGACAUUCAGACGGGAAAGGAAGAACUGCAUGGGCUUGGGAUGAAGCUCCAGGAGAGCGAGAAGCUGUCGAGGGCGCGAGCGGAGGAAUUGCGGGUUGCUCAGGUGUAUCUAAGCACCGCAGACCAGUUCUCUGGCGUCGAGAUCAUCCAAGCUGUGGAGGCACUGAACGAGGAGAUCUCUGGAAUGGCUGCAACGCUCGCUGAUGUAUACGACCAGGUAGAGAGGGGUGUGGGUAACCCGGCAACAGAUGUCGCCUAUGGACGCGUUGUUGAAAUCCUGGGGGAUACGAUGACGAGCUUCGUCAAGUCCAAUUCGCAGUAUGAAGUACUUCAAGUUGCUUUUAGUGCUGCCAUUUGUGCGCAUGCGGGAUGGAUGGCUACGUCAUGGUGCUUAGGGGGAGAUCCCAGCGACGAGAAGGGCUGGAAUGAAAUAUAUGACCGCAUACGGCAGUCAGGUAGGACAUUUCCUUCAGGAGUGACGUAAGCUCAGCUCUUCUGCAGAGAAGCAGGCUAUUGCCGGAAGAUGGCGGGUUCUGACACAAAAGGCUAUAGCUCCUCUGUCCAAGUAUGAUGGGGCCGAGCGAUCCCAAAUAGACG